AUGCAUGGGGAAGAUGUUAAGGAAGAAGGAGAAGAAAUUAAGGAAGGAGAAGAAGUUAGGGAAAGAGAAGAAGUUUGGGAAGGAGAAGAAGUUUUGGAUGGGAAGAAGUUAAGUAUAAAGAACAAAGAGAUUAUAGUUAACGAUGGAGAAGAAGUUAAGGAAGCAGAAGAAGUUAAGGAGGAUGGAGAAGAAGUUAGGGAAGGAGAAAAAGUUAAGAAUGAAGAACAAGUUAGGGAAGGAGAAGAAGUUAAGGAUGGAGAAAUAGUUUCGGAUGGGGAAGAAGUGAAGGAAAGAGAAGAAGAUAAGGAAGAAGAAGAAGUUUUGGAUGGAGAAGAAGUUAAGGGUAAAGAAGUAAGUAUGGAUGGGGAAGAAGUUUGGGAUGGAGAAGAAGUUAAGGAGGGAGAAAUGAUUAUGGAUGGAGAAGAAGUUAAGGAGAAGAAAUUUGGGAUGACGAAGAAAGUAAGGAUGGAGAACAAGUUAUGGAUGGAGAAGAUGUUAAGGAAGAAGGAGAAGAAAUUGAGGACGGAGAAGCAGUUAGGGAAAGAGAAGGAGUUUGGGAUGGAGAAGAAGUUUGGAAUGGAGGAGAAGAAUCGAAUUAAGGAAGCAGAAGAAGUUAAGGAGGAUGGAGAAGAAGUUAGGGAAGGAGAAAAAGUUAAGAAUGAAGAACAAGUUACGGAAGGAGAAGAAGUUAAGGAUGGAGAAAUAGUUUGGGAUGGGGAGGAAGUGAAGGAAAGAGAAGAAGAUAAGGAAGAAGAAGAAGUUUUGGAUGGAGAAGAAGUUAAGGGUAAAGAAGUAAGUAUGGAUGGGGAAGAAGUUUGGGAUGGGGAAGAAGUGAAGGAAAGAGAAGAAGAUAAGGAAGAAGAAAAAGUUUUGGAUGGAGAAAAAGUUAAGGAGGGAGAAAUGAUUAUGGAUGGAGAAGAAGUUAAGGAGAAGAAAUUUGGGAUGACGAAGAAAGUAAGGAUGGAGAACAAGUUAUGGAUGGAGAAGAUGUUAAGGAAGAAGGAGAAGAAAUUGAGGACGGAGAAGCAGUUAGGGAAAGAGAAGGAGUUUGGGAUGGAGAAGAAGUUUGGAAUGGAGGAGAAGAAUCAAAUUAAGGAAGCAGAAGAAGUUAAGGAGGAUGGAGAAGAAGUUAGGGAAGGAGAAAAAGUUAAGAAUGAAGAACAAGUUAGGGAAGUAGAAGAAGUUAAGGAUGGAGAAAUAGUUUGGGAUGGGGAAGAAGUGAAGGAAGGAAAAGAAGUUAAGGAAGAAAAAAAAGUUUUGGAUGGAGAAGAAGUUAAGGAGGGAGAAAUGAUUAUAGAUGGAGAAGAAGUUAAGGAAGGAUAA